AUGGAGGCCCUACUGAGACUUGAUAUGACGACGACGAUGUCGAUCGAAGAACGUGAGAGGAGGGUCUUGGAGGAUGUGGCCAGGAUCCAGAAUAACCUGGUGAAUCUGAUCAUUAAGAAGAGCAAGCCAAUGCAGCUGUCGGAAUCGGUCCGUGAGAAGGAAGAAGUCUUCACGACUGUCAUCAAGGAGCUCACGGCUCAGAGGGAGUGUUUCAAUCGACUGCUACCAUCCAGUGUAUCCGAUGACUCCUCCGACACUUCAGGGAAGAACAUUACAACGUUGUCGAAAAUGCUCUAUGGGUCCGUAGAUGGGAGCUCAAGUCGCCCUACUGUUGCUGACACUGAAGGUGAAGACGUCCGUGGUGAGGCUCUGGGUAGCGUAGACUUGCCAGGAGCUUUGGCAGCCGACUUGUUGAAGGGGGUCGGGGCCCUGAGGGAAGCGGAUAGAGCAGAAACCACUUGCAAGAGGAAGUGGACUGCACUACUCGCGGAGUUGCGAGCACAGCAGCAGAAUAUCAAGGUGACCACUUUCUGA